GGGUGCUGUGGUGUAAGUGAAUUGAAUUCAUUACCACGGAGAACUUUUAGGUUACCUUUUUAAUUUUGUAAAAAGCUUCGAAUGUCGCAGUCUGGCUUUCGUGGUACUAAAAAUCGGUGGAUCUGCUCGAUACUAUCGAUUUACAUCCGCAAUAGCGAAAUAAUGAGAUAAAAAUUAAUUUUGUGCGUCGACUCGAUACUUGAACUGAGAUGGGUGACAGAUCGGAGCCUUUCGAUCGUAAGACUAAUUUUGCAGAAAGAUGUGACAACACCAAUUUUAUUCCAAAACAAUAUUUCCGAUCAAUCGAAGGAUUAACGAUGCAAAAUAGUCUUGCGCAAACACCAAGUAAUUAUUAUGAAAAUAACAUAUGUAGAAGUAAAAGUGAUUCAGCAUUAUGGAGAAAAGAUGACGAAAGACCAAGCUUGGAUCAAUCGAGGAAAGACAGUAUUAACCUAACGAUUAAUUCCGGCACUGGCAAAGCUAUUGCUAACAUUCCUGUCACAAAACUUCGAGGAUGCCACCGGUUGUUUGAUAAUGAAGGCUGCCUUUUACACAAUGACAAGUCUCUUCACGGUUUUCUCUCCAAAUAUACCAGUCUUUCCUUACCUGCAUUAUUAUCAAUAUCAUCUAUGAAUGCAUCUUUCAUGAAAGACGAAUUUAAGAAAUCUGACAAUGACAUAUAUACAUACCGAGAUACAGCAGCGUGCUUCGACGAAGAGGAAACAGUAUUUAAUCAAUGGCCAAGCAGAACAAAGGAUCUUCGGUCUGACUUGCAAUGCUCUGCGAAUGAGAACAGUAUGACUGUUUGUAAAGUUGAGUCAUCAGAAAGUGAACACGAUAAGAGUGAUGUUGAGGAACACACUGUAGCAAGUAACGCAUCGAAAAUUGAACAGCCUUGCAGAGGGACGGUGGAUUCACAGUUACAAGCAAGUAAUAUCGAAGUCUCGGAUGAGAAAACUCAGAACUGUGAGGACCCACGUAAGAAGAAUAAUUUCUCCCCAGCCCCGACGGCCCAUGUACGAAGCAAUUUAACAACUCGGCCGACACUAGCCGACGACAGUAAGCUCGUCAAAAUGUCUCUCCUGGCGAAUCCGAUGAAUAUAAUGCCGUCGAACGUUCAGCUUUUCAACCGGAGCCGUAACUUCUUGAACUUCAUAACAGAAAAGUCGACGAACAUUAUGGAGAAGGCCUUGCUGCCGCAACAUCUGGCGAUGAGAUACAAUCACGUGUCGAAAUCCAUUGUAACCGACACCACGGCAGCAGCAUUUUGCAUCACUGACGAGCCUCCUGUGGGAGAUACAAGAUGUAAGUCAUAUACUGAUUUGACAACAACAAGAACGAAUUCCGAUGAUGCUCUUAAAGUAAAACGAGAUCGCGACAAAAGCGAAGAAGAUAAAUUGGACGGUGCGAUGAACGACGGAAGUAAAAUCGAUCCGUUUGCGUUUGUGCGGAAGAAUAAAACGUACGAUCUCGAGGAUGAGACGGUGUCGGAUGAAAUGAUGCAUCAUAUUCUCGACAAAGAUGACAGAUUAGAGUGCGAUACUACCGAUAGGCAACGAGCGAGGCGCGAUUUCCUGUCGGCAGAAACGGACGAGAGUAAAAUUGACACGUCGCAGGUGGGGAGAUCGCACGAUGAUAAAACGCACAGGACAGAAUCGUUCGACGUUCGUUCGACCUUGCUGGAUUCAGACACUUCGAAAUACGGCUCGUUGGAACACCCGUUGCAUCGUAUGCUGUUGGCGGAUUACGCCGGUUUGAAAGUCGAGUAUUCGAAAUUACGGGAAAAAGCGGAGGGUCUGGAGAAGUCAGACCGAUUGAAUGGGAAGGCGCGAACAAACGCGGAUGCGUACAACUCGCAAGUACGGAACUUGGAAAAAGCGGUGAUUAAAUUGACGACCGAUCUGAACGCAUCGCUGGCCGCGCAAGAGGCUCUGAAGAACGAGUGUACCGCGGUGAACAAGGAAAAGGAGAAUAUGGUGAUGAAAUAUGUAAUCAGCGAGAAACAGUUGAUCGACUCGCAGAGAGCAACAGAUACCGCAGAACGUAAGGUGAAAGAACUUGUGAAGGAUCAGGAGGCGCUGCAAUACAAGUUGCGUCAAACGCAAGGCGAGCGUACAAGAAUAUGCAGCAUCUUGGAUACGAGACGUCGUGAAAUAGCUGAUCAUCAGAAAGAGAUAGAGAAAUUGAAAGAAGAGGCUAGAAUGAAGGAGAUCCAAUUUAAGUGGGCGCUCAAUAAGCUCAAAACUGAAACGGACUCGCAGAAGGAUACUCAACAGAAGCUGGACAAAGCUUUGAUGAAAAUUAACGAUAUGAAAGAGGAAUGCGAGCAGAUACGUCGGGAGACGCAGGAAUCGUUUCGUAAAUUUCAACAGUCCGAGGAGAAUAAAGCCGUAACGUUGGAUCAGCAACUGAAGGAGCAUCAGGCGCGUUUGAUCCUAGAAAGGCACGUUACAGAGGAUAAGGAGACGCUGAGGCUUCAGUUGCAGAAGAAACUGGAAGUUUUGAAAUCUAGACAGCAAGAUCUUAUUGAAGAAAACAAGAGGCUUAAUAUAAAAGUUCAAGAAUCGGAGAAAGUCCAAUUGAACUACGAGAACAGUCUAAGUGACCUGAAAAUUGUGAUGAAACAACGUAAGGAACAAAUUACCGACUUGUCAAACAAAGUAUCGCACUUAGAGACAUUGAAACUUCAAUUGCAACACAAAGAAGAUUACAUAGCAACGACCGAAGUUGAAAUGCAACAGCUACGAUCGGCCAACGAGGAACUGCAAUCCGACAUGCACGCGUGCCGUCAGAAGGAAGCGGAUAUGUUGGACUUUACGCAGAAAUUAACGGACAAAAACGUACGCCUUCAGUCCGAGUUUAUCGCGAUUCAGAGGAAGGCGGAUUAUCUCGAAUCCGAACACGGUCCGCUACGUGACCGCAUUAGUGAAUUAACUAGCAAAGUCAAAGCUUUGGAAAGGGACUUGACGGAAGAGCAAAGAAAACGAAAGGAAGAAUGCGAGCUCUUGGCUAAACACGUCGCCGAGCAGACUCAGCUUGCGCAAAACAUUGUCCAGAAAUUUGAGGAUAGUCAAGGCGAAAAUGCAGUAUUAAAGAGGAAACAUCAGACUUCCAUCAAGGAAAUGACACGGGAAUUGCAGCAGUGCCGUAGAAAAUUAGAGAUGUUCGAGGCUGCGUCUCCUAGUAAUUCCUUGGAUAUUACAUCCAGAACUGGAUCCAACACUUCUCUAAACACAGGCGAUACAUUAAACGGUGCCUUAUCGGAUAACAAUGCUAAUGGCGACCAUGUUCAUUCAGUAGAACCUAAUAGACAAGUACUAAUGGAUCACAUUAUAAAGCUACAAGAGAUAAACGCAAAGAGGGCCGAGAAAAUAGAUUUUUUAGAAGGCCAUAUCCAAGAACUGCUCGAAGAAGUGCAGAAGAAGAAGAAAAUAAUACAGAACUAUAUUUUACAUCAAAACUCCGGCGCUUUGGGGUGUAACGAAAGAGAUAGGCAUAAGCAUGUCAAGAGCAGAAGGGACGCAGCGGAAUUGGCGCGACACGGAGGUAUAAUGGCGUCCGUUUACAAUCAUCGAGUUUCGGACGAGAAUAUGACUCUAGACCUUUCUUUAGAAAUAAACCAAAAAUUACAAGCGGUUCUUGAAGACGUGCUAUUGAAAAACAUCACUCUGAAGGACAAUAUCGAUACAUUAGGCAAGGAGAUAGCAAGAUUAACGAUGCAGUAUCAACAAAGACAAAUUGAAAACUAAUAACUGUUACAUAUAUAUAUAUAUAAGUGUAUAUGCGUAUAUAUACAUAUAUAUUAUAGAGAAUGGUGAUUUAACGGCAUUUCACUUACUGUUAUUUUAAGUUAUGUUAAAUAACUUGUUAUUUUUUUUUUCGUCACUAUACAGAUCAGUUAUGUAUAUACACAUAUGUUUGAUGUUAUAUUUAAUAUAAUAAAUCCUUAUCUUAAAGUCGACGUUACUUGUUUUAAGGAGUACAAAUAUUUUUAGAAUUUAAGGAUAGUUCGGGAGGUGUCAAGAUGUCGAACCACGAACUUGGUAAAUAAAUGUUUAUUUUUGCAAGUUUAACUAAGUUGAUUUAGUUUCUAAAGUUACUUACAUCUAGAGGCACUAGUCAAGCUUAAAAUCUAGCUGACUACAAAUUUAUAUAUCGCACCCGGCUAAUAUUGUUGUUUUACGCUUGGGCUUCCGAACACAGUUCGUUUGCCCGAGCGUAUAAUGGGUGAAAGAUUACGAAUCCAAGUGGAACCUUUCGACUAAACCUAAGUAAUUAAUAUUAAGUAUUUUCUUUUUUAAACUUACUUUGAAUUAUUUAUUUUGAGUAUUGUGAAUGAGCGAUUACGCGUGUACGUAAGAUACUUGCUAAAACUUGCACUUUUACGAUGGAAGAAGAGAUCAAGGGAACCGAUAAUACACGUAGUUUUCCCCAUAAGAUUAUCAUCGAUCGGCAAGAGACCCUAUAAAAACUGUAUACUCAUUCCUUCCGUAUUGCGCAUUUGGAUAAUCAGGUAUCACUUUUAUACGCCUUGCACUCCUGAUAUCCACAGUCAGUUGUGAAGUUGCUUUCGAAGGGUAUAACCUCUCNCUCUCUCUCUCUCUCUCUCUCUCUCUCUCUCUCUCUCUCUCUCUCUCUCUCUCUCUCUCUCUUCAAAUAAUCGGUAAGGUCGUCAAAGUGCUACAUAUAUUGACAUUGACAACUAAUACUGCAAUAAUAGAGUAUAAGAGAAUGCCGGUAGGUAGAUUUAAUAUAUUUACUUUAGUCGUUUUAAAUUUUACAUACGAUAAAGAAUUGCUAUAGAAAUAGUUAAUUGAUGCCUGCUUGAAAUUUUAUGCUGUAUGAUUUCUUUUUGUAACAUAUCGUAAUCCGUGUUUUAUGAUUAAUUCUGCAAUUUUCAAGCCGUACGGAUGUGCGUUUAUAUCACUUGAAAUAUUUGCUCGUGUGAUUGAUUGAAACAAGGUUCCUUUAUUUCAGCAGUUUAUUUUUCGAUAAAAUUUUGAUUUUGAUCAUUUUUUCAAUUUUAAUUUCACGUUGAUUCCCGUCGUGAUCCAUCCUUUCCAUACGAUAAUACUGCACGACCGAGAAUAAAAUAUUUUUUUUUAUCGUAAGAAAAAUAAGAGAUUUCCACUUCAACAUAAGUAGAUAUAAUACAAAGACGUCUACUUAAUUUUUUAAUACUUUCGUAUUCUUCUUUCUUCAAUAAAAGUCACUACAUGUGCACAAAUAUACAGAAAUAUUAUAUUUCUCUUUUCUUUUUCUCUUCCUUACGUGACGUUCUCUCUUAGAGAAAACAUGAUUAUCUCUGCACUAGUUUCAAACAGGCAUAACUUCAAAGUCCAAAACCAUUUAUUAUUAUUCUCGUGAUUACUUUCGUGCUACAUAUCGUGUGAGAUAGACAAGAUUUCUAGAGCAACUUUCUAGAGUUAAGUUAGUUUAAGGAUCGAAUUGCGAUCGACUAAUGGAAUGUCCGAUUAAUAUUUAGGAAGUGUACGAAGAAACGGGUCUCAAGGAAGUUAGCAGUAGUAGCAAAAUCCAAAGCAAGAAAAAUUGGAAAAAGAAGGGAUAAUUAUUCAAAAUCCUCUCGAGUGUUUACAUUUCCGGCAAAAUAAUAAAUUAAUUUUGAGGUAUAAAUAUUAGACUCACAAUAUGAAUAAUUCAACGUAGUCGGCACGUUGAAUUCCAAUCAAUGUAUCAACAUCACCGGCCAUAUCACGGUUAUUAAACAUCUAUAAUAAUAAUAAUGAGUAUUUAAAUCACAUGACGGUAAAAUCACGGUACAAUUGAAAAUUGUGAUAAACACCUGAGCGUAAAACUAAUCUACAUUUCUGAUCUAUGUCGCUCACACGUGGAAUGCAUCCGCUUUUUCCAUUGUACCGCAAAUCACACCCCGAUACAAUAUACAAUGCGAACAAUUCGUUCAUAAGUCACGAUAAACAAUAAUUUUGGUAUUUCUAAUAUAUGAAAUAAAUAAAUGGAGACUAUUAUUAUAAAUUUUCUAACGCGGCGCGUCGUUUUACAACAAGCGAUAAUUAUACAAAUUAUACACAUACGGCAACGAGAUUUUCUUUUUUUCUCUUUUCUGACAAUAUCGUUACAUGGACAUUACAAAUUCGAAUGUAACACGUAGAUCACGUACUCGUAGUUUCGAGCCCUCGAAGUUUAAUCGAUAGUUAGCCGAGGAAUUGCGCGGUGAAAUGAACACGUUUUUGCCGAUCGCUGCUGGCAGUACUGUCUCCAUUUGUUACACUCGAAUUCGCGAAUGUGCGCUUAGCAAUAAAUCCGAGCCGACGCAAAGCUGUUCUCCUAACAAAAUAAUAACUUUCUUGUACGACUUACACGAUCGCUGCCUCUAUGCUGCCGCGGAUGCAUCGAAAAUAGUUUCUUAUGAUUUUAUUAUUUGUUAACUACUCGAAAUAACUAUACAGAGUCGAACAUAUAUGGGGUAUCCUGUAACUGGUGACAUGACAUUGACCAUCAUCAUUAGAAAGGAAGCCGAUGAUCUUGCCGAAUGAAAAGAUGUCCCGAAGGUACGAAGUAAAUUUCUCUAUCUCGAGCAACGCUCUCGCCAAAAAAAAAAACUUCAGACAUUAGAAAAUGAAUAUAUCUCUUUUUCUUCUUCUUGAAAUUUAAAUAAUGUAAAAACAACAUUUUAUCUGCCUUACUCCGUAUAAACACGGAUUUACUUUCCGGCCCGUAUUCAUCUUCGUGUUUGUAUCACCAGUUAUGGGAUGACAUUCGCGUAUGUAUAUAUGUUGUAUAUCAGUGUUACAUCAGCAAAAGCCCCCCAACUACGCCCCCAUCGACAUUCGACAUUGCACUGUUGUACGCGAAGAGUCGAGAGCGAUGUAGUAGUAUCGGUAGUACAAUCGUUGAAGAGUUUCUUUCGUGGACAGUACAUCAUCGCUUUCGACUUCAUUAACUUGCUAGAUUUCGUACGUAGCGAGGCAUUUUCUCCUCUCUUUCCUCGCUGCUGGAUAUCGAAAUCCGACUAUGCUUUUUUUCUCUUUUUUUUUCUUUCGACGAAAACACACACUUAUUACAAAACUAGAGAACACAGACGAAGGUAAAAUAAAAAUUCGUUUGAGCCGUUGAUGCGUAUUGCGCUUGGCACGAAUACACGACUGCGGUGUGUCGUGUAUUAUUAACACAAGUAUCACUGCACACAAAUCUCUUCAUUACCGCACGCAAUCUACUACAGAUACGCCCGUACGCGAAGGAGGAGAAAACGUAUCAAGUAUAUUUUAAGUCUGAGAGAUUAAGAAGACAAAUUAAUUCUUAGACACCAUCGGUGGUGUUUAUCUUUGCACUUUUUUUUUAGUAACCCUUUAGUAACCCUUUAAUAACCCUUGCUAAUAAUUUCCAGCACAAAUACAUAAUUUUUUUUCUCAUUGAACGUAAAGAUGAAAAAAAAAGAAACUUGUUUGACAUUAAUCGUAAAAUCUUAUAUGUAUAUUUAUGUCGGAACAAUUGCGCGUUGCCACUUACGCUUAAGUUAAACUCUUACGCUUACGUUAAGUUCUUUCUCUUUCUCUCUCCCUCCCUAAUUCCUACAAAGUUAUACAUUCACUCGAGAAAAUAAUAUUUAAUGUUUCGCUAACAAUCGCCUACAUUGCAUCCUAAAAAAUAAUUAUUUGGUGUCUUUUGUUCGUAUUGGACUAAAUAAAACCAACCGAGUUCUUUAUGCAAAACUGGACCAGCACCGGGCAGUGUGUCACUACGGCAGAAUUGCAUUAAUCGUAAUACUGGCACAGUGAGGCAAUGACCUUAGGAUUCUCUAAAUACAUUAUUUUGAUAUACUUAUUAACAUAUUUAUCUGAAAAACUAUAUAAUUAUGGAUGUCGCGCGCACAAUUAUUAUCAUGGUUUUUUUCCUUUUUUUUUCUUUUUUACAUCGAUCACUUCCACUCAUUUAAUUUCUACACAGGAUGGGCCGCGCAAAGCGUGCUUCCUUUGAAAUUGUGUAUUUUUUUGGCCAAUUUUGAGCCGAUUUCUUCUCUACAAAAAUGUACACCAUCGUUCAUAUUUCCUUCAGUUAACUGUAAGCUGGCUCUAAUGUGACGAAAUUCACAUUAAUUCGAAGCUCAAAGACACCCCCCCUCCCACACACACACACACACACACACACGUCACAAAAAUUGAAAAGUCUCAGCAAUUUUAUAUUUUUGACAUUCUUGUCUGAGGAGAAAUGAGCUCAAAAUUUGUCCAAAAGAAUCCACAAUUCGAAGUAAAUCCGCUCGAUGCAAAGUAUCCUGUACACUGAAGUAAUAAAUAACUACUACAUUGAACCGUGGUUGCGGACAGUUGCAGGUUUCACAACGUAGUACACAUACGGAUGUACAUUACGACUCUAAUUAUGUUAAAAUCGGUAAUUCUAAUAUUAAAACACGUGCGAUCCGUUCUUUAACUCGUUCUCAAGGAGGAUCUUUAUUUGAUAUCUAAAACAAUACUCCUCACUAUAGGAAACACGAUGUAGGAGGAAAGAAGAAGGAAAAAUAAAUCAAAUGCAGUGCCAAAGGUAACGUUCUAAUUCCAAUAAAGAAUAGCGGGCAACGCUGUUGUGACUAAUAACGGAAAAUUAAUUAAUUAAUGCAAAUAUUAAUGAGACACAUACUGUCCGCCUUUUUCUCCGCUGAACUCCGCGACGAGAAGUUGGUAUCUUUUUGUCGAUUAGAUCCAUUUCUCAGAUCUGAAUUCAAUCACAGCCGUUGAGGGUGUCAAAAUAUAAAUCGCAACUUAACUUGUUGCUACGAUACCUAAUUGUCAGCCCUACAGAAAGAUCCCAGAUAGCAUUUCGUCAACUUGACAGCAAAGUUCGGAACUUCAGACGACUCUGAGAUAGAAAUAGACGCGAGAUCACUCGAUUAAUCGCUGGUCUCCCGUGCACGUUCACGCAAAGAUAUGUUCAUUGUGUAUAAUACAUGAUGUUCAUGUUAUUAUCGUGCGUAUAGCGCGCGUCAGAUGCAUCGCACCGAACCGUUAAAUUACAAUUCCAUCGGGGAGUAUCGCGAUUAUACUCGGUUGUAUAAUUCGCAUAUCUCCGACACAGAAUGUUAUCUGGGUAUGAUGUAGAUAUAAAUGCGUUAAUA